GAUGUGACAGGGUUAAAGUUCAUGCUUCAGUGACCAGAGAUCUUCCGGCACUCUCCUCCUGUCCUUGUCUGUUGUGACUCACUUUUAAAUAAUACCAUAACUCCUUUGGAAGGCCAACCAUGACCCGGAAUCCAACCGUUGACUUCGGAGGGUAUCCUGAUCUAUAAGGGGACAAAAUCUCUUCAUCUCUCUUGCAACAACAGAAGCACUAGCAGCAGAAGAGCGGAGCUCCAGCAAUGGCAGAGAAGGGCGUGAAGGUGUUCGGCAUGUGGGCGAGCCCGAUGGUGAUCCGGGUGGAGUGGGCGCUCCGGCUCAAGGGCGUGGAGUACGAGUACGUCGACGAGGACCUGGCCAACAAGAGCGCCGACCUGCUCCGCUACAACCCGGUGACCAAGAAGGUGCCUGUGCUCGUCCACGACGGCAAGCCCAUCGCCGAGUCCACCAUCAUCGUGGAGUACAUCGACGAGGCCUGGAAGGGCGGCCACCCCAUCAUGCCGGCCGACCCCUACGAGCGUGCUCAGGCCAGGUUCUGGGCCAGGUACGCUGAAGACAAGUGCAACGCCGCUCUGUACCCGAUCUUCACCGCGACCGGCGAGGAGCAGCGCAAGGUGGCGCAGGAGGCGCAGCAGUGCCUCAAGACCCUAGAGACGGCGCUGGAGGGGAAGAAGUUCUUCGGCGGCGACGCCGUGGGCUACCUCGACAUCGUCGUCGGGUGGUUCGCGCACUGGCUGCCGGUCGUCGAGGAGGUGUGCGGCGUUAGCAUCGUCACCGACGAGGAGCUGCCGCUGAUGAAGGCCUGGUUCGACCGGAUCCUCGCCGUGGACGUGUUGAAGGCGGCCCUGCCCGACAGGGACAGGCUCGUCGCGGCCAACAAGGCCCGCCGUGAGCAGCUCCACUCUGCGUAGAGACGGCUGGUGAUUCUAGUGUAGCUACGCUUUGCUUCAUCAACGCCACCUAUAGCUGAAUAAGUUGCACUAGCACGUUGGGCGCGCAACAGAGGUUUGGAAGACGUGUCAAUCUCUGUCCGUUUCAGAACUCCAGAGUUUUAUCCGUACGCUGUUGUAUCAUAUGAUAUGAUAUGGUAUUGGAUACUUAUCCGUUAAUUCCCUCA